CAAGUCCUUCACCCUAAAUUAAUCGGGAUAGAAUUAAAGAAAUAACCAAUAUGGUCGCCCACAGAAACUCCGCUGCAAAGUUGUCGAGUGUUGUGUCUUCCGUCUUUGUGGUUUUCCUCUUGGCCCAUCCAACACAACAAGCGCCAACAUUUGAAUGCGGUCGAUCAACAUUCACGUCGAGGAUCGUCGGAGGGAGUCAGACGAUGGCCAACGAGUUCCCGUGGAUGGCCCAUUUGCUUAUUCGUGACAUUGAUGGGCAAUUGUUUCAUUGCGGCGGGACUCUUAUCAGCGACACUCACGUCCUGACAACAACUCGUUGCGUCGUUCACAACCAGACUAAUAAAAUUUAUGAUCUUUUGAAAAUUACCUUGGGUACUAACGUCAUCAAAUUUGGUGAGAGUUCCGGCCAAGUUUUCGACUGGAAGAAAAUUGUGAUUCCGGCCGGAAUUGAAUCAAUGGAGCCCGACAUUGCCAUCGUCACUCUCUCGAAACCAGUCACUUUUACAGAUUACGUCCAACCGGCUUGUCUUCCGUUUGCGGAUGACACCAAUCACGUCAAUGAUUCCGUCGUCCUCACCGGAUGGGGUGAGUACUCACGCGAGUACAACUCAUCCGGAUCCGUUUUGCGUAAAAUCCAGACGACAGUUUUAUCUGGCGGUCAGUGCCAACAAACGGCAAGAAAAGUCCCGGCGUUAUCGGCUAAUGACGUCAUCUGUACUGAACAAGGAUCCGGCCAGAACUGCAACGGCGAUGAUGGCGGACCGAUGAAUUAUUACAACGCGGAAUUGAAGAGGUGGUUCGUCCUCGGAGUAGCCGGAAGAGGUGACUCCGGUGACUGUAACAGUACCAACAAACCCAUCAACGUGUUCACUCGAGUGGGAAGUCGACUCGAUUUCAUUCGUGAUUAUUCGGGUGUUGUUUCACCAAUUACAAAUUCCAACACAACGACGACGCCAGAAGAAUUCACGACCAUUUCCUAUGAGAUAACAACAGAAGAUGGAAAUAUUAAUGAGACGACGAUGGAGACAAGUACUGAGACAACAACUAAUCAACCGGUAGCCUUCACCUGCACGGGAAAAACGGAUGGCAACUACCCGAAUCCGGCCUCCAGUUGCUCUGCAAAUUUCUAUAAAUGUGCGCACGGAAACGCUUACCUCUUCCCGUGUCAUUCCGGUUUGGUUUACCGUGCAGAAAUUGGCGUAUGCGAUUACCCUUUCAAUGUCGCCGGAUGCAGAAACCGUUGAUUUCGUGACGCGGUAAUGUGUUGAAAAUGUCACGUUGCUUAUUAUAUUACCGUUGCUCUGUAACGUGAAAUGUACAUAUAGUAUACCUUGCAUACAAGAUAA